CGCGGGCGAAGGGUCUCUGCCUCUGCCGUUUUCUUUGAGGAAGACCAACACUAAAACGGUUCGUUCGUUUUGUGUGUAAAUUCUGAUAUCGUUUUUAGAAAUUGCGGGUCAACGAUGGCGGAAGCAGCAGCAGGCGAGGCGCAGUUAGAUGAAUCAGCUACUGACAGAAAGGACACCAAGACCUCCAAAGAAAACGUCCGAGACAGCUGGGAAAACCACUGCGAGUUCAUGCUGUCUGCCAUCGGCUAUGCAGUCGGCCUGGGCAACGUGUGGAGAUUCCCGUACCUGUGUUAUAAGAACGGUGGCGCGGCUUUCCUCAUCCCCUACGUCCUCAUGCUGUUCUGCGCCGGCCUUCCCCUGUUCUUCAUGGAGCUCGUCCUCGGCCAGUACGCGAGCCUCGGGCCGGCCAUUCUCUUCCCGAAACUGGCGCCGGUUUUCGUGGGCCUCGGCUGGGGCAUGGUGAUGAUGACGGCUCUCUUCUGUGUCUACUACAAUAUCAUCCUGGCGUGGGUCCUCUUCUACAUCUUCGCCUCCUGCACUGGGUCCCUGCCGUGGGCGACCUGUGACGGCGAUUUCAACUCUGUGGAGUGCUACAGCCAGGACGCAGCCGCAGCGUGCAGGAAUGAGUCGCUGUUCUUCUACAACAAGACCUGCAUCACCGUCGACGAGUACUGUGGCCUGCGAGGCCUCGGCGCGCACAAUGCAACCCACUGUUUCGACCCGAGGAACGAAUCCUUUGGUGUUUCUGAAGCUGAAGGAAGCAUCCCGAGGAUCUCGCCAACGGAGGAUUAUUUCAGGAACCGCAUGCUCGGCGUGAAAGGGCGCUCCUGGGAGGACAUGGGCGGCAUUCGCUGGGAGCUCGUAGGAUGCCUGGCCCUCUCCUCCAUGCUGGUGGCGGCCAGUCUCAUCAAGGGCAUCAAGUCCUCGGGAAAAGUGGUGUACGUCACCGCCACCUUCCCUUAUGCGGUGCUGCUGGUUCUUCUUAUAAGAGGGGUCACUCUCGAAGGCGCUUACACGGGUAUCGAGUUCUACUUCCUGAAGCCCGACCUGUCCCGCUUGAAGGAGGUGGAGGUGUGGAGUGAUGCUGCGACCCAGAUCUUCAUCUCGGCCGGAGUGUCGUUCGGGAGCAUCAUGACUCUGUCGUCCUAUAACAAGUUUAGCAAUAAUUGCAUGAGAGACGCCAUCGUCAUCACCAUCACCAACUGCUCGACGUCCGUGUUCGCUGGCUUCGUCAUCUUCAGCAUCCUGGGCUUCCUGGCGACGGAGCUGGGCGUGGAGGUGCAGGACGUCGUGUCUUCGGGCUCCGGCCUGGCCUUCAUCGUGUACCCGGCCGCCGUGACGCUCAUGCCCUUGUCGCCGCUGUGGUCCAUCCUGUUCUUUGUCAUGCUGAUAUCGCUUGGCUUGGGGACGCAUUUCUCGAUGUUCGAAGCCGUGAUGACGGCUUUGUGCGACAAGUUCGAAUCCCUGCGCUCGAAGAAGCCCCUCCUCGUCGUCCUUUCCUGCGGCGCCAUGUUCCUGCUGGGGACGACUAUGUGCCUCGAGGGCGGCGUCUUCCUGUUCGAGGUGUUCGACUGCUACGCCGCAGGACUCGCGAUCCUUGUCCUGUCCAUCAGCCAGCUGGUAUGCGUCCAGUACUUCUACGGUUUUAAGAAUUUUAUGAAGAUGAUUGAGGAAAUGGGCAUCGCCAUCUCGCGUCCUCUGCGCCUCUACUGGGCGGCCACGCUCACGACGGUCACGCCCGUGGUGCUCACGCUCAUCUUCUUCCUCUCCGCCUACGACUUCACCCCCGCCUCCUGGAGCGACUACCUGCUGCCUCCAAGCGCCCAGAUCCUUGGCUGGUUCAUCACCGCUGCUUCUGCCGGCAUUGUCCCAGCAGGCGCCGCCCUCGCCCUCUGGCAGCACAGGUCCUCCUUCAGAAGCUUGUUUCGCGUCUCUGCUGACUUCUGCCCCGCCCACGAGCGCAAGAGAGCCGUCCAGCAGGUGAAGCAGGAAGCAGGUCCUGAGGCCAAGUUUCCAGAGUCUCAGGUUUACCGUAAUGAGGGCUUCGUCAGCGAGGACGUGUAGGGGCUGGCACUGUAUUCUCAAUCUUCUUAUUUAACUGCGUCUUCCUCUUAUCAUUCGACUUCUUCUUUAGGAUGACGUUUAUUUAUUAGCAUUCCCCAAAUCUUAAGACUCAGAGUGCUGGGAUGGCAUGACACCCCUGCCAAGUCUGCUGUGAUUUUAGUUUAUUGUUUGUGUUUACCAAGACAUUUCUCCACGAGUACUUCUUUUUUAUUUUCUAUUACCGGAAUUGUAUUAAUAAUAUGAUGAUAAUGAUAAUCAAUUAUAUCAAUAACAGCAUCAAUAUUGGUGGCAUUAAAAAAAAAGAAAAUCAAGGGAACAAAGAGUCGGUCACGUCGGGCCUCCUGAUUGAUUCCUUGAUGGCUAAGCACUCGUGGAAUCAUCUAUGUGCAUUAAAGUGAAUUAAAAGUACUGUCAUUGUUAUGAUCACUAUAUAAUUGCUAUAUAUAUAUAUUUAGAUGCCAUGCAAAGACAACGAAGAUCAUGUGAUUUUGUAUUCAGAUUGUUUAUAUCAACUUUAACAGUUAUUAUCGUUUCCCUCUUUAUAUCACUACGUUGAUUGUUACUGUGUUUCUACAGAAUGAUGUCGAUUUCUUAAUGUUGAAAAAUAAAUUGAUCUCAGAGAUUUGGUGUAGACAUGAAUGCAGUGAAUAUAAU